ACCUAGAAACGGACCCGAUGGUUUUUCAGCCUGUGUGACAAACACACAAGGGAAAGCGUGCAGUAAGAGCCAGAGGAAUAUUGGCGAUGAUUUUAUAAAGAAAAACAUUCCAAGAGUCUCGUUAGAGGAGAGGAGUUGGGAGAAAAUCAAGCUGAAAUUAAAAUGAAUUUAAUUCAAGAGCUGGCAUCUGAGGCACAACCAAAUUACUCUUCACUAGUUUAGACAUGAAUGAAAGCAACGAAGAAUGUAUGAAAAAGAUAAGCAGUGUGAAUCUUGACAAACUUUUAAAUGACUUCUCACAGAUAGAAAAGAAAAUGAUAGAAACCAGUGGAAAGAAUAAUAUACUGGAUAUGCAGUUGGAAAAAGCUAACUAUUUGUUAAAAGUAAUGCAAACAAAGGAGGUCUCAAUUAAAGAAGAAUGUGCUACUCUUCAUAAUGUGAUAAAAGGGCUACAACAGACCAUUGAAUUUCAACAUGGUUUGAAAGGUGAAAAUGAACUACUAAAAAGAAACGUUGAUCUUAUGAAAGAAAAGUUAAAAUCUCAUGAACAGGAAUAUAAGAAUAAUAUUGCCAAACUUUCGAGUGAAAUGAAAAUCAAAGAGGAGGGACAUAAGAUAGAAAUAAGGAAACUUCAUGAGGAUAUGCAGGAAAAAAUUGAGUCAAAUGAAGAAAAGCAUAAAAAACUGAUAGAGAAAAAGGAGGUGGAAAUUUCAGAGUUAAAUGCAAAGUUAAGAACUCAAGAAAAGGAAAAACAAAGCGAAAUAAUCAAAUUACAGUUAGAGUUUGAUGCCAAACUAGCAAGAGUUCAAACUAAAUCAAAAUCAUAUCCAGAUUCUACUGUUUUGCCACAGAGUAUCUACAGAAGGAAACUUCAACAUCUUCAAGAAGAAAAAAACAAGGAGAUUGCAGUUCUUCAUAAUACCAUUCACGACUUAGAGCAACGCCUCUCCCUUGGCAAAGAUUCUCAACUUAAACCUACUAGCAAAGGUUCUUUCCUUAAGCGUAGACGGUUUUGAGUAGGACAGCAAACUCAUUAGUGGCUACUUAAUUUCUUGAAAAGCAGUUGAAAAUUUACUUCUGUCAUUAAUAUAACAUACCACCUAAAUAAUAACAAUGAAAAAAAGAGAGCUUUAAACUUUUUAAAUUGAGUUUAUUUUAACAAAUCCACAUUUGGCCAAUCGUGUACUACAUUCUUGCUUAAUAGUAUUAACCAUAGAGGAGUUCAGGUUUAUAGGACUUGGUUUACCUAUUGAACCAUCAUUGACUAUGGAAAUACUUUCUAAGCAAUCAAGAGACAGACAACAUUCUUUUAUCUUUUCCAUUACAACUUUCAAGACAGACUAUCUCAACUUUAAGAGUGUGAUAUAAUGCUAGAUAAAGAAAACAAGAUAUAAGGGCUUCAUUCAUAUGUGAUAGUAAAAAUCAAGAUAUGACUCUUAGACAUACAAAGUAUAAAUGGAUAUUUAAAAUGUAGUCCUAGCAAAAUAUUCAUGUGUCAGUAUUUCU